AUGCGAUGUGGACGCGAGGGCAAACUUGGCCUUGUUGCAGCUGAAACAAACUGUAUCUACAAACGUUACAGAAAGAUGGGCGAUGACUGGGUUGUUACUAUAGAGCCAACUUCAGAUGCACCAGCUCCUUUAGAACUUCCUGAGCCGAGGUUAUUCAAUAAAUGGAGUCUGCAGGAUGUUGAUGUCUCUGAUAUUUCACUUGUUGACUAUAUCGGAGUAAAAGAGAAACAUUCUAAAUAUCUUCCGCAUACAGCUGGACGAUAUCAAAGUGUACGUUUCCGUAAAGCUGGGUGCCCCAUUGUUGAACGCUUAUGCAACUCAAUGAUGAUGCAUGGGCGAAAUAAUGGUAAAAAACUGAUGGCAGUUCGCAUUGUGAAGCAUGCUUUUGAAAUCAUACAUCUUCUUAGUGGUGAGAAUCCUGUUCAAGUUCUGGUGAAUGCCAUUAUUAAUAGUGGACCACGUGAAGAUUCUACGCGGAUUGGACGAGCGGGUACAGUUCGACGCCAGGCUGUUGAUGUGUCUCCGUUGCGCCGAGUCAAUCAGGCUAUCUGGCUGAUUUGCACUGGAGCACGUGAAGCCGCAUUUCGCAAUAUAAAAACUAUUGCUGAAUGUCUAGCUGAUGAGAUUAUGAAUGCUGCAAAAGGCUCAUCGAACAGCUAUGCGAUUAAGAAGAAAGACGAAUUGGAACGUGUUGCCAAGUCAAAUCGCUGAGUACGACUCUUCAAAUUAUGGUGCUGAAUAUAACAUGUCCUGUUGUUUCUUCUGUCAAGGUGUUGAUGACUUAAUAAAGUUGUUGUUAAGAUU